AUGGCAGUUACAGCAACGAGACGGGAACGGCCGUUGUUCCCCCCAACACCAACGACACCCAUAGCAGCGAUUCGUUGCGGACCCCCGAGUUUGCUCAAAAAGAAUGUCCACUACGUGCGGCGGAGUGUUGCGCUCUUGCUGCUGGGCAGCACAGACUGCAAUGCGAUCGAGCUGGACGUGAAUCGAACUUUUCCCUCCAUCCCCUUCUUUAAGAAGGAGGGACAGAACGCACUCAGGAGAGUACUCCAAGCCUUCGCUGUCUUCGACCCCGAGGUGGGGUAUGUUCAGGGGAUGAAUUUCGUCGUGGGUGCUCUUCUCUACCACAGCAACACGACAGUGCAUUGGUGCUCACGGGGCCCUCCUGGCUCGGCUAUGAGGCUGCUGCAGGAGGAAGAGGACUCAUUGGCAGCGGGAGCGAAGGCAGCUCCCUCAGCAGCCGGCAGAGCUGCAGGCACAGCAGCCAGUGCCGCACACUUUACCUUAAGGACACGGGAGAAUAGAGUUUUUUGGCUUUUGGUGUCUCUUUUCCAUUUUUAUGAGCUGAGGAGGCUCUACCUUCCCUCCCUCCCCGGAGUCUUCGAGCGUUGCGCGGCCCUCGAGAAGAUGCUCAGUGUACAGACACCCGAGCUUCUUGAACACCUUCGUUCGUGUGGUGUUUCUUUGCCGCUCCUCACUUCGGACUGGCUGCUGACGCUGUUCGCAUACAGCAUCCCGCUCCCCGCCCUCUCCCUCGUUUUUACGCAGUUCUUUGAAGAGGGCUGGGUGUUCAUCCACAAGUUGGUGUGUGCAAGGCUGAAGCGCAUGGAGGCUGCGAUCCGGGGAGCGACGGAUAUCGUGGAGGUUACAUCUCCUCCUCCAGCACGCUUGGGUUUAGUAGGAGGCACUGUCCUCUCGUGGCUCUCUGCCGCUUCGGAGAGUGCGGCGCGGGCUGGCGUCGGGGGCGAACAAGGAUCGCACAUGCUUCAAUCCUUCUCUACUGCCAUCAGAAGACACCAAAAACAGAAGCUCUACCCUAUUUCUACCAAUCCUUCGAAUGAUCCCAACAGCUGCGGAGACGAUUCUGCAUGGUGUGCCAUUGUGGACGAUGUGCUUGAAAUGAGCGCAGACAGACUCGAUUUUAUUGAGAUGGAGUUGAACAUGCUGCAGCAGCAGCGACCGCUGCCUCCCCAGGCUGCCCCCUCGGGGCCUACCGACCCCCUGUGGAGGCGUGUGGACGAGGCAACGAAGUUGCUCUCACUGGAUAGCUGCUCGCCUCCUGCCGCUCCUGAUGCGGGCGCAGAUUCAGAUUCAGCAGCAGCAAGCUCAGGAAAAGCAGUUUCCAGUGCUCCUUGUGCAGAAGCUGCGGAGACUAAGGCACCCCCUGAUGUUACCGCCUUUACGUCUACCUCUCCCAAGGACGCACCACUCACAUCAGCUCCGCCAAGCAGCAGCAGUGGGGGCAGUAGAGGGACCUCUCGGCCCUUCGAAAUUAAAACUUCAGACCGACUCUACGUGAAGCGCACUGCUGCGCUGUUGCGAUCCCUAGGACGGGAGAAGACAGCGGCAGAGACAGAAGAACUUUGUGGCAUUGCCCUGGCGCACCAUCGGCUGCUGCUGCACAUCUCCGCUCAGAGACAGCACCUGCAGAAGCUAGCCAGGCAGGUGCUAGCGAGGCCCACGCAGCUUCUUUAGAGCCUCAGCCACUGGCUGGCUGACGCAGCGCGGUAUUGA